AUGCCCGGUGGGUCUGCGUCUUGGUCUUCCGCCCGCAUAAUGGGCUCUCUUUUGGUCUGGUUACUAUGCUGUCUGCCGGGGGUCGUCGCAGAAAUCGAUUCAGUAUUUCGAUCGAGACCUGAUCUAUACCCCCCUGUGCUCACCAUAGAACACAGCAACCCCGACAAACUUACUCCAGGAUACAUUUUUGUUGGCCCGUAUGAAGCGGCUAACUCAGGUCCUUAUAUUUAUGAUAAUGAAGGCGUACGUCAUAAGGCCCUGCCCAUCGAGCUGCUCUCACUGACGCCGUCGCAGAACCUAGUAUGGAGCGGCUGGGGAAGUUCCGGCCCCGGCAACGCGCACGGCAUGCAUGUAUGUAAAUACAAAGGGGAGGACCAUCUUUGCUUCUUCCAAGGCGUUCAACAGAAUGGAUACUGCCGGGGCCAUGGCGUCAUCAUGGACAAUCAAUAUCGUACCGUGAAGACGGUCCUCCCCGGGGGCGGAAUGGCGUCGAGCGAUAUGCACGAGUUUUUACCCAUCAACGACGGUAAAACUGCACUGUUAACCGUAUAUCAACAGCGACAAUUCGACAUGAGCUUAUGGAAUGUCAAGACUGGCAUGGGGUGGUUGAUGGAGAGCGUUUUCCAGGAAGUGGACGUGGAAACGAACGAGGUGCUGUUUGAGUGGAAGUCGCUUGACCAUGUGGACCCUACAGCUAGCUACACCUAUCCUGGCCACACUGAUACUUCAGGAACUGGGCUGGACCCGCGCUCCCCGUGGGAUUAUUUCCACAUCAAUUCCGUCGAUAAAAACCAGGACGGUGAUUACCUGAUCUCGUCGCGACAUACGUGCGCGAUCUACAAAAUCUCCGGCCAGAAUGGGUCGGUGAUCUGGCAGUUACAUGGUGCCAACCCGUCCUUCACGAACAUCAACUUUAGCUUCUCUCAGCAGCACGAUGCACGAUUCCUGAACGAAAAUGGUACCCACACCUUACUAUCCUUGUAUAACAACGGCUACAACGGGUUCAACAAAACACACGAAUAUUCCUCUGGCAUGCUCAUUUUGAUCGACCAUGUGGCUAAGACGGCCACUCAGCUGCGCGAUUAUGCGCCUCUGAAUAAGGACAUGCUUAGCUCGAGUCAGGGCAAUAUGCAGGUUCUGCCUAAUCACAAUGUGUUCAUCGGAUGGGGGAACAAUGCGUACAUAUCCGAACACGACCAGAACGGCAAUCUGCUGCUGUGGGGAUACAUUGAUACGGAGAGAAUCAUGAACUAUCGCGCUCAGAAAUUCCAGUGGGACGGGAUGCCGACGGACGUGCCUGCUCUGUGGACAUAUUCUCGAUCGACCGAGCCGUUCUCCUCAUUGACCUUGUACGUAAGUUGGAACGGUGCAACACGAGUGAGGUAUUGGCGGUUCUACGGUGCCAUGAACAUGACUGGUCCGUAUGCAUUGUUAAACCAAGUGACGAGGAAGGGCUUCGAGACGAGUUAUACUUUCCCGCACUACUACCCAUGGACGUACGCGGAGGCUGUAGAUCUCGAGGGCAAGGUGUUGGGCAAGUCGCGGCAUAAGUUUACUUUUACGCCUUCCGGGGAACUACAACAAUACUGCGCGGACAAUAUGUGCGAAAAUGCUCCGGCGUAUGGACUUCUUGGCGAAGAGGGAGCCAUCGCAUUCAUCCCUCCGCUGGGCCUCAGCACUGUGCCGUGGGUCGACCCAGAGAACCCGGAAGCCCAUUACGACUGGGGUGAGUCUUCAGAGCCCGGGUCACAACCGUUGGAUGAAGCCAAGGAGACUUUGAAGACUGCAUACGAGCGCGGAUGGUUUGUCCCUGUUUUGGCGGUUGGUGUUGCCGCGAUUGGAGUUUACAUGGUGGUUCGAAAGUGUCGACUGCGACGACCUCAUGCCUACCCGGUGAAAGAGCGUCGAUCAUUAGAGCCAUUGGACGAUCCCAUCGACGAGCGAAAACAGCCCGACGAGAUGAGCCACAAGCCGUGGUGGCAUUGGCGGCGAUGGGCCGGAGCAUCCGACGGGCCUCGCUACUUCCCCUUGACGGAGCCGGGUUCGAGAAGGAACGAAGAUGGAUCCUCGGAGUAG